CCGGCGGCAGCGCACUGUUUUUCUCUUAAAGCUCAUCUGUGCGGCUCUGCACAAACACGCACAAACCCAAGAAAAAGCCGUUAAUUUGGUCCCUUUCACACCACCAGGGCUUACGCAGAGGGACUCAGGACCGGACCGACCGAAGUACACGGGAUUUACGAUCGUUUCACGCACUUUUCACGGUUUUUACUUCGGAGACGCACUCGGGGGUUGUCGGUAAACUUCGGGCCGCUUCGGAAGGACACUUGUUGAGAGUCAAACGGGGCACUUUUUUAUUUUAUAGCUUUUAUUUUAUAGUCACUGUUUCAUUUCCAUAGUUAAAUAAUCUUGUAUCUGUCGUUGGCAAUAUAAUUUAGCUUUGAUUUGCAUAUAUCACAUAAAAGUCGAAGGUUAAGUGUCGGAGUUGAAACUGGGCUGGUUUGGACACAACAUUCAAACAAAUUGAAUGUUUAGUUACAUUUGUGCCUUUUUAUCGUUAAACCUCACCUCAGACAGUCCAUCGCUCAUGUGUUUGACUGCAUGUUGCUUCUUACUGCUGCAGUUUGUCAUAAAUGCGCUAAAAUGAGAAGCCUAAAAGCCUAAAAAGGCUAAAGCCUUUAGCUUUUAGCCUAGCAUAAACCGCAUUGACAGCUAAAGUUAUGAGACAUAAACAAACGGUUAAAAAAUAAAUUAACUCAACAGCCGUCUGAUAUUAGUAACGACGGGUUUAUAGCGGAAUUUUUAUUUGGUGCAGUGUUAAACUGGUGUAAAGAAACUCUGUGUUUGCAUAAAUGUUUUAUAUUUUAAGUUUUCAAAGAUUUCUCUAAAAAGUUAGCAUCGUUAGCUUGGGCUUGCUAACUAUUUAUGAACACAUUUAAUGAUUUUAAAGCUUUUUUAAUGUGUUCAGGUGUGAGGAUAUGGGGACAUGAAAAAACACUUUUAUUUAAAGUUCUAGUGGAUAAAUGCUUCAGGACAGGCCUCAGAUAAAUAGUUGAAGCCCAUUAGCCGCGUUAGCUCCGAAGUUGUAGCCGCUCCGUGCCUGCGCUCAGCGGGGGCAGUGAGGCUGUGUGUCCGCCUCUGAUGGGCUCCGGGGCGGACUGUGAGCUGUGAACCCCCGGGCCCCGUGACUUUAACCCUUCCCCGUCUGAAGAGCGACCCCCGGCCCCUGCACCAUGUCGGGCCCGGGCUCCGGAGGCUCCAACCCGCGGAAGUUUAGUGAGAAGAUUGCACUGCACAACCAGAAGCAGGCGGAGGAGACGCGGGCGUUCGAGCAGCUCAUGACCGACCUGACUGUAUCCCGGGUGCAGUUUCAGAAAGUGCAGCAGCUGCGCUUGUCUCAGUCCAGAGGCCAGUACUAUGGAGGCUCCCUGCCCAAUGUCAACCAGAUGUGCAACACAGCAGCAGAAAACCAGGCUGCGUUCCCUCAGGCUCUGGACCCCAGGGGAACACGGCAUCACGGUUUGGUGGAGCGCGUGCAUAGACCCCGGAUCAGCUCACCACACACUCACCGCCGCAGCGCAGACAAGCACCGGCACUGCGACAACUCGUCUCCGUACGGUCAAGUCUACCUGUCCCCACCCCCUGAUCACACAUGGAGAAGGGAUCCCAGCUCUUCAUGGAUGGAUGACAAACGACCAGGAUUUAGAUUAAUGUCUCAGCUCAACAGGACAAACUCAGACUCUGCGCUGCACACCAGCGUCAUGAACCCUCCGGACGGAUUUGGACCGAACCAGAACCGGACCCAGAGCCGUGCCCCUCAGAGGAACACGAGUUUGAACGAGGCAGAGGACGCUGCUGCAGACGUAUUCUCAUUUCCUCCGCUUGCUGAGGACACCAUGAUGGGGACCCGGCCACUACCGAAACAGCUCUGGGACACCAAGGUCCAGUCCUGGAGCUCCAGACCCAAAUCCUGUGAAGUGCCUGGGAUCAAUAUUUUCCCAUCUCCAGACCAGAACAUGGGUGUCCCUCAGUACCAGCCUUGUCAGAACUCCUCUCUGGGAUCUGGACCUGGACUGGGACCUGGACAGGGACCUGGACAGGGACCUGGACAGGGCUCUGGACUGGGCUCUGGACUGGGCUCUGGUUUUACCUCUGGUCUCAGCUCCGGUUUGAACACUGGAGGCUCUCUCCCAGAUCUCACCAACCUACAGUUUCCUCCUCCGCUCUCCACUCCCAUCGACACAGAGGAGCACUACAAUAACCACCUGCCCCACGCCAUGAUGCAGAUGGGUUUAUCGUCGUCCCUCAGUAACCCCUCUCUCUGCUCAUCUCCACGGCGACGUCCAGCCCCCAUCAGCCCUUUGACGCUGUCGCCGGAGCAACAGAGAGGAGCCCCGUCCCUUUCCCAGAGUGUUCCUUUGGACCCCUCCCUUCCCCGAGAGCCUCCUCCCCCCUACCCCCAUUACCCACAAUCCCACAGUGCAUCCGGACAGCAGCAGCAGUCUCCACUGCAGAGCCCCAUCACCCAGAACCCUCAGAACCCCCAGAACCCCCAGACCCGGCACCUCCAGAACCAGAGCCAAGGCCAGAACCGUUCUCACCUGGAUUACAGCCCCACUCAGAACAUGUCUCUGUUCGGUUCUGACCCGUUCAUGGAGCAACAGUUAGGACCCAGCAAAAGUCUGAACUUUCAGGAGAGCUUCAGUUUUCUGGAUGGCGCAGGUGUUGGGGGAAACACUUCGUAUGAUCCUUCGUCGUCAUCAUCGCUCUUCUAUAACCCCGCUCCCCAGCACAGUUUCCACGGAAAUAUCUCCUCCAUGCAAAUGAGUCAGGGCCCCUCAACUAGACCCCCUAUGCUGUUUCCUCAGGCCGCCCUGCCCAACAUCAUCCUCACAGAUGACUCAGUGGGCUUCUCUCUGGAGGACGAGCUCAGGAUUGAGCCUCUCACUCUGGAUGGACUGAGCAUGCUCAGUGACCCCGAGCUGGUGCUGCCCGACCCCACGGUGGAGGAGUCCUUCCGGAGCGACCGCCUCUGAACUAUGACCACAGAAGAAGAACAGAGACUACAAACAGACUCAAGACUACAACAGCAGAAGAAGAACAGAGACUACAAACACACUCAGGACUACAACAGAAGAAGAACAGAGACUACAAACAGACUCUGGACUACAACAGUAGAAGAAGAACAGAGACUACAAACAUACUCAGGACUACAACAGAAGAACAGAGACUACAAACAGACUCUGGACUACAACAGGUGAAGAAGAUGAGCCUCUGGACUACAGCAGGAGAAGAAGAGGCACAGCCAUAGAGGACUGGGUCUGCAGCGCCCCCCUCUGGACUAAAGCAGGAUCCCCCUCUGGAGCACCCUUGGACUACAGCAGGAGCAGAGACCUGUUAAAAAACAGAGACUCACAACCAGAGGAAGAGACUCUAUAUUUGUAUAAAACGUCACAUUUAAAACCUGUCACAAACAUUUUUAUAAAUCUGUUUUAUCAGCACAUUUGGGAUGAUGAUCUAACCUUGUUUUUACUUCAGAUGUUUCUGCUUUGGUCCAAAUAUUUAGUGAGAAAGGAGCUUUGUUUUGUAUUAAUAUAAAAGUCAUGUAAAGUUUAUGGAUAUUUUGCUGAUUUGUAAAAAGCCGAAUCUGAAGCGUGUGGUCUGUUUUGGUCCGAUCUCUCUUGGUGGUUAAAACGUUUGUCAAAAAGGGCAAAGUGUUUACAGAUGUUUGACACUUUUGAAACCGCCACAUUUUUACCUUCAUGAAAAAGGGCUCAAAUCUGUUUGCACUAAUUUAGAUUUUAGUCACCAAAUCUAACUAGAGACUAAAAAGGCACUGAACAGGGACUAAACUGGGACUGGACCCAGGACUGAACCAGGACUAAACAUGCACUGAACUGGGACUAAAUCAGGACUAAACCAGGACUAAAAUGGAAAUCUAAUCAGGCACUGAACCAGGACACAACCAGGACUAUCUGAGUACUAAACCAGAACUAACCAAGGUCUAACCCAAGUCUAAAGCCAGCACUCUUAUUUGUAGAUUUGACCCAUAAUGAACAAAAGAUGAUUUGACCAGAGUAACACAUAUUUUUAUAACUGUUUAAUAUUUAAGAUGAAUGAUAACCAUCUGUUUCCUAUUGGACUACAUUUCCCAUGAUGCACCUCUGUACAGUCUCCUGCUCUCUGUAUUAAGAGCUUUUCUUUUGUAAUAAACUUUAUUCUUCUGAAACG